GACAACCAAUGAAGAGGAACUGUCAAACAACAUGCCAGUUAGAAAAAAUUAUACCAAAGAUAGUUUCAUUCGGGUAUAAAAACUACGAGGUGGUCAACAAAAAAUGAAUUGCAGUAUGCAAAACAUGCGGGUCGAAGAUUACAGACAGAGACGCAACAACUUCCAACUUCGUUCAACAUUUGAAGUUGCACAAAGAAUGAUUUGAAGAAUACCAGAUGAACAAAAGCAUCACAAAUGAAGCACAACAGCCUUCAAUCUCACAAUUCCUGGACAAUCGUGUCAGGCAUUACAGCAUGAGUCAUCCACAGCAGAAAGCUAUCACCAAUGCAAUACUGUCCGACCUGAUUAUUGAUUGCAACUUGCCCCUGUCUAUUGUGGAAAAUGAGUUUUAGGCACUUUCUGACAGUACUUGACAGCAAGUACAUCCCAGUGUGUCGCAGAACACUGACAUCAAAAACAGAGAACCUCGCUGAAGAGAGACGUUCAAAAUUAAAAACUCUAUUGAGCAACACUGACUAUGUUUCAGUCACUGUGGACAUUUGGUCUGACUGAAAGAUGAGGGGAUUCCUGGGUGUCACUGUGCACUGGAUAGAGAAAGGGGCAGAGAGGAUACAGCUGAAGUCCAAUCUCUUGGCCUGUGAGUGCUUCAAAGGCUCACACACAGCUGAAAGAAUCUGUGACCAAUUUGAGUCAAUAUGUGAUGAAUACAACAUUAAAGAUAAACUGGACUACAUUAUUCGUGAUAAUGCUGCUAACAUGCAAAAAGCAUUUACUGUGUGCUUCCCCAGUGAACAAGAGGAUGACGAUGAUGGAGAUCAUCUUGAUGACCCUGAGCUCUGGUGUGACUUAACCCUGGAAGAUCAGCAAACAGUAGAUGUUGCUAUGGCAAAGAAACAGUGCUUGCAGUGUUUUGUGCACACUUUUCAGCUGGUGGUGGGAGACGGUUUGAAAGAAACAAAUGUGGUAUCUCCUUCUCUUUCAAAGUUAUCAAAACUCAGCUCACUGCUGCACACAAGCACAACAUUCAAAGAUGUGUUUGAUGCUGAAUUUGGGGAACAGAAAGGCAUCCCUGCUGCAGUUAACACAAGAUGGAACUCAACACUGAGGCAAAUGAAGGCAGUUCUCCAGUGCAAUCAUCUAAAGCUCUGUGCUGUUCUAGAAAAGGCUGGGCACAGGAGGUUGUCAUUCACAGCACAGGAGUGGAAUCUGUUGAAGGAGUUGGUGGACAUCUUGAAGCCAUUUGGAGAAGCAACUGAUUUGACAUGGGGGAGAAGGUCAUCACAAUCAGUGUUGUUGUUCCAUCCAUCUUGUCCCUCAGCCACCACCUUGAGAAGCUGAAGCCUCAAGUCUGUUUCCUGAGCAGCCUGGUCAGAAGUCUCCAGGCAUCCCUGAACAGAAGAUUUCUUGGAAUCUUCAUCAACAUGAAAAUGGCCAGGACACAAGAUGGGGUCACUGCUCCCUUUUCAGAUCCAAUCUACCUCAAAGCAGCUGCCUUGGAUCCAGCCUCUUCUCUGUUGUGGGUGGAGCCCCAUGUGCUGGUCAAUCGUGACGUCAAGGCAGAGGUGGCACAACAAGUUAAAGAAUUGAUCCUGCAAGAUGCUGCAGAGACUGAGCAACCUGUGCCUUUUGUUGAUGAAGAAGAGCAAGAGGACCUCAGAGAAGGAGAAGGGCUGUUUGCUGCAUACCAUAAGAGGCAGAAGAAGGAUGUUGGGACUACUCCAUCACUACAGCUAAGUCACUACCUUGACAUAGCCGAAGGACAGAACGCCCUUUUGUUCUGGGCAUUGAACAUGAAGACUCUUCCUUCACUGUUCCGAGUGGCCAUCAGAGUCUUGGCAGUGCCUGCCUCCAGUGCUCCAGUGGAGCGAGUUUUCAGCCAUGGUGGCAUCAUACUACAUCCCCAUCUUGCACAAAUGACUGACAGACUUUUGGCCAAUUUGGUCUUUUGCAAAUGCAAUGCAGCAUAGGGCUCUGACAUAUAAAAAGCACAACCCUGUUCAUUGUUAUGUUCAUGUAUUUGUUAUGUUUCUCACAUGUACACACACACACACACACACACACACACACACAGACAAUAUGAGAUGAGAUAAGUACAGGACAGGACAAACUGCUGUGGAACUAGUUGAAAUGCAAUAUGCCAUGGAAAUACAAUGUUAGCACUUUUGUACAAAUAAUUACAGUUGCACUUGUUUUUUCAAAUGUGUUUAUUCUGUAAAGGAGUGGUUUAAAAUGAAGAAUAUUCUUACAAAA